AUGAGUGGGAAAGAGGGUUCCUUGCAGGAAGGGGUCUGUGAUCUCGUGAGCCCCAAAGGAAGUUUUGAAGGAACUAUUCCAGAAAUAUAUCAAAAUGAAGGAAAAGAGAAUCUUUACCCUAUAUGGUACUUGAAAAUGGAGAAUUUGCCCCAAAAAUUCACACAGCUAUUACUCCUACAAAAAUCCUGCCCAAGAGACUGGGAGACCUUGGUCAGGAAAAGCUGGCAUCAAUAUGGACCAGAGGAGAAAGAACGUCUGAUUGAGAUCCAAGACUUAUUUGCCCCAAGCCUGGGUACCCAGGAAGAGCCUCAGCUAGUCAUAUUAUAUGGGGCUGCUGGGACUGGGAAGUCAACGUUGGCCAGGCAUGUGAGCAGAGCCUGGAGGCGAGGCCAGCUCUACAGGGAUCACUUCCAGCAUGUCCUCUUCUUCAGCUGCAGGGAGCUGGCCCAGUGCCAGCAGCUGAGUCUGGCAGAGCUCAUAGCACAGGGCCAGACUGUGCCCACAGCUCCCAUCAGGCAGAUCCUGUCUCGGCCUGAGAAACUGCUCUUCAUCCUGGAUGGCAUAGAUGAGCCAGCAUGGGUCUUGGAGGGGCAGAAUCCUGAGCUGUGUCUGCACUGGAGUCAGACACAGCCAGUGCACACACUGCUGGGCAGUUUGCUGGGGAAAUCCAUCCUCCCGGGGGCUUCCUUCCUGCUCACAGCUCGGACCACAGCUCUCCAGAAGAUCAUUCCUUCCUUGGGGCGGCCACGUUGGGUGGAAGUCCUGGGCUUCUCUGAGUCAGGACGGAAGGAAUAUUUCAGAAAAUAUUUUGCAAAGGAAAAAGACGCAUUUAAAAUUUUUAUCUUUGUUGAAUUAAACCCAGAACUCUCAACCCUGUGUGUGGUUCCCUGGGUGUGCUGGCUGGUCUGCACUUGCCUGUCACAGCAGAUGGAGCAGGGAGGACACCUCUCCCUGACCUCACAGACCACCACCACUCUCUGCCUGAAAUACCUUUCCCAGUCAAUCCAAGGUCAGCACCUGGAGACCCAGCUCAGGGCUCUCUGCUCAGUGGCUGCUGAGGGGAUCUGCAGAAGAAGGAGCCUAUUCAGUGAAAGCGACCUCCAUAAGCAAGGGUUAGCUCAGGCUGACAUUGCCACUUUCCUGAAGAUCGGUGUCCUUCAACAGCAGCCCGGCUCUCUGAGCUGCAGCUUUGCCCACUUGUGUCUCCAGGAGUUCUUUGCAGCAAUGGCCUGUGUCCUGGGGGAUACUGAGGAGAAACGUGAUGGUACGGAAAACUACAGAAUAGUGGAAACACUGAUGGAAGUGUAUGGAAGACAAGACCUGUUCAGCGCACCCACUAUACGCUUUCUGUUUGGCCUUUUGAGUGAGCAGGGAGUGAACGCGAUGAAGACACUCUUCAACAGCCAGUUGCCUCUGCACACACCGUGGGAACUCCUGGGGAAAGCCAGAGCAUUGCCCCAGCACCAGCAUCUCCAUUCUCUGGGGUUGUUUCACUGCCUCUAUGAGAUUCAGAAUGUGGAGUUCCUGACACAGGCGCUGCACGGUCUUCAAAAGAAGGAGGUGCAUGGUCCCACACAUAUGGCACACGCUGUUUUCCAGCCAAACGUGAGUCACCUGGUGGUCCGCACAGAUGUGGAGCUCAUGGUGGUCACUUUCUGCAUUAAGUUCUGCUGCCACGGGAAGACACUCCAGCUGAAUGGGGCAGGGCAGCAGCGAACGACGCUGAUGGCUCCAAGGAUAGUUCUGACCAGGUGGACCCCAAUCACUAAUGCCAGUUGGAACAUUUUCUUCUUCAUUCUUAACUACACUAGAAGCCUGGAGGAGCUGGACCUCAGUGGAAAUCCGCUCAGCUACCUUGCAGUGCAGAGUCUUUGUAACACCCUGAAACAUCCUGGCUGCCACCUGAAGACCUUGUGGCUUGUCAACUGUGGCCUCACAUCUAGCCACUGCAAAGUCCUGGCCUCAGUGAUCAAGACCUGCUCCAGCCUGGCUGAGCUGGACCUGCAGCUGAAUGACCUGGGCAACCAUGGCGUGAGGUUGCUGUGUAAGGCACUCAGGAAUCUUGCCUGCACCCUCAGCAUCCUGAGGCUGGACCAGGCCUCUCUCAGUGACCAGGUGAUUAUGGAGCUCCAAGCCCUGGAGGCAGAGAAGCCACAGCUGCUCAUCUCCAGCACACAGAAGCCACGUGUGAUGGACCCCUCUAAGAACACUGAUGAAGAAGAAAUGGGAGACAGCCCAAUCUCAGUCAAGCGGCAGAGACUACAGCCAGAGGAGGGGUCCUCCCAACCUGCACCCCUUGAGCUCUUCCACUCAUCUCCUCCUUCCUCUCCUGGAGACAAGCCGGGGACUCUGGGGACUGAUGAUGACUUCUGGGGCCCUGCAGGACCCGUGGCUACUGAGGUGGUUGACAGAGAGAAGGGCCUGUACCGAGUUCACCUGCCCAUGGCUGGUGCCUACCACUGUCCCAACACAGGACUCCACUUUGUGGUGACAAGGGCAGUGACAAUCGAGAUUGCGUUCUGUGCCUGGAGCCAGUGCCUGGACAGGACUCCCUUGCAGCACAGUCACAUGGUGGCCGGGCCUCUGUUUGACAUCAAGGCUGAGCAGGGAGCUGUGACUGCUGUGUACCUCCCUCAUUUUGUGGCUCUCCAAGAAGGUCAGAUGGACGCCUCCUUGUUCCAUGUGGCCCACUUUCAAGAACACGGGAUGGUCCUAGAAAAGCCAGCCAGGGUGGAGCAGCACUACACAGUCCUGGAAAACCCAAGCUUCUCCUCAAUGGGAGUUCUACUAAAAAUAUUUUCUGCUGUUGGGCACAACAUUCCCAUCACUUCCAUCACACUGACCUACUAUCACCUCAGUCUUAAGGAUGUCACCCUUCACCUUUACCUGGUCCCCAAUGACUGCACCAUUCGGAAGGCCAUUGAUGAUGAAGAAAUGAAGUUCCAGUUUGUGCGAAUAAACAAGCCACCCCCCGUAGACUCUCUCUACAUCGGCUCCCGCUACAUCGUGUCUGGCUCCAAGAAACUUGAAAUCACCCCAGAGGAACUGGAGCUGUGCUACCGGAGCCCUGGGGAAUCCCAGCUCUUCUCUGAGAUCUACGUUGGCCACAUGGAUUCGGGGAUUAAGCUGCAAAUCACAGACAAGAAGCAUAAUAAUCUCAUAUGGCAGUCUUUGCUGAAACCAGGGGACCUCAGACCUGUGCUGCCCAGGAUCGCUCCAGCCCCCAGAGAUGCUCCUGUCUUGCUGCACUUUGUGGACCAGCAUCGGGAGCAGCUGGUGGCUCGUGUGACAUCAGUGGACCCUGUCUUGGACAAGCUGCAUGGUCUGGUGCUGAGUGAGGAGGAGUAUGAGGCCGUGCGGACUGAAGCCACCAGGCCAGACAAGAUGCGGAAGCUCUUCAGCCUCAGCCGCUCCUGGAGCAGGGACAGCAAAGACCUACUCUACCAGGCUCUGAAGGAAACCCAUCCUUACCUGAUCAUGGACCUCCUUGAGAAGUUGUCUGGGGUCUCUGUGGGAUCCUGACAUCUAUAGUGACUGAGGGGUCAGCACUCUGCUUAGGGUCCUGACUCUUCCUGACCCUCCUCUGGCUCUCAGUUUCUCCAUCUAUACCCACUGGCCAUCUGAGUUGCCUUUAUGACAGCACUGUAUCCAGGACAUCUCUUGGGGACUCAGAGGUCCAGUCUUGGCCUUCCCCAGCCAGAUGUUCAUGCAGAUUGAGCAUCUCAGAAAACACCCAGUGGAGCCUGCAAGUCUAUAGAGGCCUUGUCCAGCUCUAUGGUCAGAGUGGCCAGCCACGAGCCACCCUGACCCACCAUGAUACAAGCAGGACUGGGAACAAAGAGAUGCUACUUUUCCCUGGAAAGUGACUGUCUUUGGAAUAGGAAAGGAAGGGGCUCUUUACACUCGCUGCUCAGAAACACAGGUGUAGGAAGUCACGUGACACAACACGGUGCUCACAGCACAGACACUGCAGACUAGUGCGCACUGUGAAGUGAUCCUGAGCAGUCGCACAUGCACAAACCUUUGUUCUUGUCAAGGUCUUGACACCUUCUCUGGAAAUACACGUUAAUUAAGACCAUUUUGUGUCAAGUCACCAGCUGUGGCUUACGGUCAAUAAAAUGUGUUUACCUGUGUCACUACAGAGAGCCGAAUGGUCUUGUUUCUUUGCUGGGGGUUGGAGGAGGCAUAGCUGGGUUUUCAAGCUUGAUCCUUCCUUACAAUGUUAGAAUUCUUUAUUUAAUAUUUUGUGUUUUCCAAGAUAAACCUUACAAAGUUAAAAACCAAAAACUUUGGCUCCUGGCAUCUACUAAGAUCAGAAAGAAGGAGAGGAGAA